AUGGCGGCGAUGCGGUACGCCACCCAUCACGUCUCGUUUCUUACGAGGGCGAGAAGCGGAUCGAAUGUUGGAGGAGGAAUGAAUGAGAAAUGUAAUGAGGUUUUGCAGAUGAUGGAAGAAAGAAGGAUCGAUGUCCUUUGUGUGAAUGAGACAAAGCGGAAGGGAUGUGACACCACCACACAUGGGGCUUACACGGCGUACUGGUCGGGGGUGCCAAGCUCAGAUCGAGCCAGUAAGGGAGUCGGUGUCAUACUCUCCGCUAGGAUGGCUGAAUGUGUAAAUGAAUUUGAGUGCGUAAGUCCCAGGUUGAUAUGGAUUAGAAUGAAAGUGGGCAUGAUAAGGAUAUUUGUGCUCGGGGUUUACGCUCCUGUAGAUCAUGGAGCGGAAAACUCCCAGCAUACACAGGAUGAAAGGCGAAUGUUUUGGGACGAAGUGAGAGACGUUUUAAGAGUGUGCAAGGAUAAUGAAAGGAUAAUAAUGUUAGGUGAUUUUAAUAGUUGGGUAGGAGUCAAGAGAGUUGGGUGUGAAAGGGUUCUAGGUAUGCAUGGCGACGAUAGAGUGAAUGAGAAUGGAAGGAACUUGUUAGAGAUUUGCCUCGAGUGGAACCUUUGUGUGGCAAACACAAUGUUUGCUCACAAAUGGAUACAUUUGUACACUCGAGAGGCAGAGAACGUGAGGAAAAGUAUGAUUGAUUUUAUAAUCGUGGAUGAUAGAAUGAAGAAGAAUGUUCUGGACGCUAGGGUGUAUCGUGGGUCAGGUAUCCAUACUGACCACUUCCUGGUAAUGUGCCGAAUAAGUGGUCUGUUCAAAGGGUGGCGAUCACGACCUCGUGCGGCCCCUAGCGUUUUAGACCGAAUAAAAGUGGAAUGUUUGCAAGAAGAAAGCGCAAGUGAAGAGUACGUCAGUAAAUUGAAGAAUGAGUUUGAAAGUUUGGAUGAUAUAGAUGAGAUUGAUGAAUUAUGGAGCAACUUUAAAAAUAAAGUUGUAAGUGUGGCUAGGGUAGUGUGUGGUGUGAGUAAAAGGAACAAAGGAGGAAAGGUGAAGAAUGUGUGGUUCGAUAAGGAAGUGCAAGAGGCGGUAUGUGAGAAGAAGAAGCUAUGGCGGGAUUGGUUAGCAGCACGAGCUAAUCAAAGAGCCCAUAAAGCCUCUUUUGAUGAAGUGAAUGUAGCGAAGGAUAACUAUAGAAGUAUGAAAGUGCGUGUGAAAGAAUUAGUUAAAAGAAAGAAAGAUGAACUUAAUGAUCAAAUGGAUGAAAGAUUGUCGCAAGAUUUUCAGACGAACAUAAAGUUCUUCUGGAAAUCCGUUCGCCUAGCCAGAGGUAAGAGUUCAGACUCUGAGCUAAAAUCGGUGAAAGAUUCGAAUGGAAGUUUGCUGAAUGGGGAAGAAUGUAUUCUAAAGAGAUGGCAGGAGUAUUUUGAAAGCCUGUUUGAAAGGGAGGAAGCAAAUAUGCUAACCUCAGGUUUGAAUGGAAACUUAUCAAUGGAUGAAAUUAGCAUGGAUGAGAUUGUGAAAGCAUUGAAAGGUAUGAAAUCAGGUAAGGCUGCAGGAUAUGACAAGGUCUCCGCCGAGAUGCUGAAGGCUGGACAGGGCAUUGUAGCGAGUCAGUUGUAUCGCCUUUUCAAUUUGUGCUUCAGUACCGGCCGGGUACCUAAGGACUGGUGCAAGGCCGUCAUCGUUCCUCUUUACAAGGGAAAAGGCUCACGACUGGACUGCAAAAACUACAGGGGCAUUAGCUUACUCAGCAUCGUCGGAAAACUGUAUGCGAAAGUGUUGAUUGAGAGAGUAGUGAGAGUAACCGACUAG